AUGUGCUCACAAACACUUUUAAUUGUGGACUCAGAGCCGUCACCAGGAUUAUCAUCCACUGCCAUCGCAGGAAUCGCAGUCGGCGCUUCAUGUCUUCUCCUCCUCAUCCUCACUCUCCUGCUCUGGCUACGGCACCAUCUCCAACAGCCCAAAAACACCAAGGGGCGCAAGGGUGGGGCACAGGCCGACCAAGGGCACUGGAGCAGCAGCAGCAGCACAGCAGCAGCAGCAGCAGCAGCAGUGUCCCUGUGUCGGGAGAUGCAGUUGGAGGAGCUGCUGGCUGCUACUGACAACUGGUUGCCACGCAACCUCGUGGGCACGGGCGGGUAUGGCGAUGUGUUCCGAGGCGUGCCCCCUGGCGACCCUGGCACGGUGUGGGCUGUGAAGCGCGCCAAGAUCAUCACCAAGGACUUUCGAAGAGAGGUGGGUGAGGGUGAGGCGAGAUGGAGCCAUGUAUGGAGCCAUGUAUGGAGCCAUGUAUGGAGCCAUGUAUGGAGCCAUGUAUGGAGCCAUGUAUGGAGCCAUGUAUGGAGCCAUGUGCAGCAAAUGGCAUCGAAGCACCACCCGAACCUGGUGCGGCUGCUGGGGUACUGCGUGCACAUGGACGCGAGGACGGAGGAGCAUGAGCAGAUCGUGGUGUAUGAGUUCAUGGAUGGUGGCGACCUGCUAAGCUAUUUGCAUGCUCACAAGGACUCGGGCACCCCUCCUCUCUCUCUGAAGCAGCGUCUGAGUGUGCUGGUGGACAUGGCUCGAGGGCUGCACUACCUGCACAGCUUUGGCAUCGUGCAUCGCGACAUCAAGCCAGCCAACGUCCUACUGGACCGCCACAUGACGGCCAAGAUCGCAGACUUUGGGAUAGCGCGCAUGGGGGACGAGAGCUUGACCGGAGACACGACUCGCAUCAUGGGCACCCCAGGCUACAUGGACCCUGCUUACUCCAAGUCCCGCAAGGCCACCGCCGCUGCUGACGUGUACAGCUACGGUGUGGUCAUGCUGGAGCUGCUCACGGCGCAGCGAGCGUUGCAGAAGAUCGGGGACCAAAACGUCCACAUCCGAAAAUGGGUCGAGCCACUGGUGGCCUGUGGGGAUGCAGAGGGCUUCAGGGACCCCGCGCUAGAUGCUCCUUCUGACGUGCUCCUUCAGCUGGGGCAGCUGGCACUGCGCUGUACAGCCAUGCCCACAUCCCAUCGGCCGCGCAUGGACCAAGUGGUCUCGGAGCUUCUGGGCAUACAAGAGAUCUGUUCUGACACCCUGCCCUCCUGCUCUGCUGCUCUCAUGCACUGUGCUCUGCUGCUCUCAUGCACUGUGCUCUGCUGCUCUCAUGCACUGUGCUCUGCUGCUCUCAUGCACUGUGCUCUGCUGCUCUCAUGCACUGUGCUCUGCUGCUCUCAUGCACUGUGCUCUGCUGCUCUCAUGCACUGUGCUCUGCUGCUCUCAUGCACUGUGCUCUGGCUGCUCUCAUGCACUGUGCUCUGCUGCUCUCAUGCACUGUGCUCUGCUGCUCUCAUGCACUGUGCUCUGCUGCUCUCAUGCACUGUGCUCUGGCUGCUCUCAUGCACUGUGCUCUGCUGCUCUCAUGCACUGUGCUCUGCUGCUCUCAUGCACUGUGCUCUGCUGCUCUCAUGCACUGUGCUCUGCUGCUCUCAUGCACUGUGCUCUGCUGCUCUCAUGCACUGUGCUCUGCUGCUCUCAUGCACUGUGCUCUGCUGCUCUCAUGCACUGUGCUCUGCUGCUCUCAUGCACUGUGCUCUGCUGCUCUCAUGCACUGUGCUCUGCUGCUCUCAUGCACUGUCCUCUGCUGCUCUCAUGCACUGUCCUCUGCUGCUCUCAUGCACUGUGCUCUGCUGCUCUCAUGCACUGUCCACUGCUGCUCUCAUGCACUGUGCUCUGCUGCUCUCAUGCACUGUGCUCUGGCUGCUCUCAUGCACUGUGCUCUGCUGCUCUCAUGCACUGUGCUCUGCUGCUCUCAUGCACUGUGCUCUGCUGCUCUCAUGCACUGUGCUCUGCUGCUCUCAUGCACUGUGCUCUGCUGCUCUCAUGCACUGUGCUCUGCUGCUCUCAUGCACUGUGCUCUGCUGCUCUCAUGCACUGUGCUCUGCUGCUCUCAUGCACUGUGCUCUGCUGCUCUCAUGCACUGUGCUCUGCUGCUCUCAUGCACUGUGCUCUGCUGCUCUCAUGCACUGUGCUCUGCUGCUCUCAUGCACUGUGCUUUGCUGCUCUCAUGCUCUGUGCUCUGCUGCUCUCAUGCACUGUGCUCUGCUGCUCUCAUGCACUGUGCUCUGCUGCUCUCAUGCACUGUGCUCUGCUGCUCUCAUGCACUGUGCUCUGCUGCUCUCAUGCACUGUGCUCUGCUGCUCUCAUGCACUGUGCUCUGCUGCUCUCAUGCACUGUCCUCUGCUGCUCUCAUGCACUGUGCUCUGCUGCUCUCAUGCACUGUGCUCUGCUGCUCUCAUGCACUGUCCUCUGCUGCUCUCAUGCACUGUGCUCUGCUGCUCUCAUGCACUAUGCUCUGCUGCUCUCAUGCACUGUGCUCUGCUGCUCUCAUGCACUGUGCUCUGCUGCUCUCAUGCACUGUGCUCUGCUGCUCUCAUGCACUGUGCUCUGCUGCUCUCAUGCACUGUGCUCUGCUGCUCUCAUGCACUGUGCUCUGCUGCUCUCAUGCACUGUGCUCUGCUGCUCUCAUGCACUGUGCUCUGCUGCUCUCAUGCACUGUGCUCUGCUGCUCUCAUGCACUGUGCUUUGCUGCUCUCAUGCUCUGUGCUCUGCUGCUCUCAUGCACUGUGCUCUGCUGCUCUCAUGCACUGUGCUCUGCUGCUCUCAUGCACUGUGCUCUGCUGCUCUCAUGCACUGUGCUCUGCUGCUCUCAUGCACUGUGCUCUGCUGCUCUCAUGCACUGUGCUCUGCUGCUCUCAUGCACUGUCCUCUGCUGCUCUCAUGCACUGUGCUCUGCUGCUCUCAUGCACUGUGCUCUGCUGCUCUCAUGCACUGUCCUCUGCUGCUCUCAUGCACUGUGCUCUGCUGCUCUCAUGCACUAUGCUCUGCUGCUCUCAUGCACUGUGCUCUGCUGCUCUCAUGCACUGUGCUCUGCUGCUCUCAUGCACUGUGCUCUGCUGCUCUCAUGCACUGUGCUCUGCUGCUCUCAUGCACUGUGCUCUGCUGCUCUCAUGCACUGUUGCUUUGCUGCUCUCCUUCUCAGAGGCCAAGGUGUUCACAGUGGGAGGCAGUGGGCUGAGCCCGUGGGGAUUUGGAGUGAAGAAGUGGAAGCCAAAGGGCAUCAUUCACGCGGGGGACACUCUCGUGUUCAAGUGGACGGGCGUCCCCCAUGACGUGUGGAUCAUGAACUCCCUGGAUGCGUACAACAACUGCAACUUCGGUGAGGCCACUAAGAAGACCGGCAUCACCAGCGCCGGGAAGUACAAAUACAAGGUGCCAGCUUCAGCCAAGGGCACAUCCAUUCUCUUUUCAUGCAGCGUGCCUGGGCACUGCUCUUUGGAUAAUAUGAAAGUGGCUGUGUAUCUGAUCGCUCGGCGAUUCCGACGACAGUCGCCGUCUUCCUCCUGCCGCUUCGCGCGACCGUUCGGCGCUGCAGCGUCGCAGCGUCCGACUCUAGUCACAUCUGUCCAAGCCUCCCCCAUUUUCGAGGCGCGUCGGAAACCGUAUAAUCCCUUGAAGCCUCGCCUCGCUUAUCACCAUGGCUCGCUCGCUUCCUGUCGUCGCCCUUGGGACUGCCGCGCUUCUCAUCCUGCUCUUGCUUCCAUCUCUUCCUGCUUCCGUGCUUCCGUAUCUCUCUCAUUCUCUAUGCUUCCCUGUCUCCCUAUUUGCUACGUUUCCCUCUCCCACUGUUCCUCUGUUCUGCUGUCUCUCCCCAUAUCUCUUUGUUCUAUUCCCCCCGUUGCCCUGUGUUUCCGUGUCUCCUGUUUUAUCAUGCCAUCUCGCAACCCAUCAAUUCGGCUGAAUGAAAUGAAUUCUUUCCGGCCUUCAGGCGCAGCCCAAGCAGAGGCCAGAGCGAUCACUGUGGGUGGCAGGGGGCGCAGUCCCUGGCGCUACAACCUGCACAACUGGCGGCCCUCAACGGCUGCUCGUGUUGGCGAUGUGCUCGUGUUCACGUGGCGGGGUGUCAUUCCACAUGAUGUGGUUCUCAUGGACUCAGAGGACACGUAUGAAAGCUGUAACUUCGGAGCUGCUAAGAAGCUCACACGGAUUGUCAACUCUAAGACGUACAGGUACAAGGUGCCAGCGUCAGCAAGGGGCAACACCCUAUACUUCUCCUGCAGUGUGCCUGGCCACUGCUCGCCCGGCAACAUGAAAGUUGCCAUCAAGAUUCAGUCGCUCAUGGCGCCGAAGCGGGAGCGCGUUAGUCGUUCAGGCGAGCCGUCGAGGCGCGUGACCCGGUCGACGAGCGUGCAGGAGGAGUUGGAGCGAGAGGAUGCGGAGGAGGCGAACGAGGUAGCGGGGACAGCGGGGGUUGCAGAGGUAGCCGCGGGGGAGGCCGCUGGCGAACCACAAACGACGCGCGAAGGGCGCGAUGAUCGUCAUGCGGAGAUGAACGGCUCAGAUGAAAGCGGGAAUCGCAGGAGCAAGCGGCUUAGGACGGAGGGCGCGAGUGGUUCCGCUUCGCAGCAGCCCGCUAACGUGGUGAAGCGAGAGCGAGCCGCGGGCCCAGUGAAACGGGAAGCUGACGUGGCUGCGAGACGCCAAGCUGAAAUGGUGAAACGGGAGGCUGCUGUCGCGGCGAAGCGGGAAAACGUCUCUCGCGCCAAGGGCAAGGAUAAAGUGGUCGAAAGCAACACCGGCUAUCAUGCCGAGGCUGAGGGUUACGAGCCAGAUGGCUACGUUCGGGACUCGCAGGCUGCCGGACCUAGCACGCAGCCUCGCGCUCGCGAACGCGCCGACCCUGAAGAGGACGCCGAACGUCCAGUUACUCCGUCCGGUAUGGGGGAGGAUCGGGACGGACCUGAAGGCACGCCGACACAGGCAACAGUGGCUCUUCCUCGCGCCAUGCCACGAGGCGAGGACGGGUUCCAGCCUGGCAACAUCCUAUUGGUGCAGGUGCAGCACUUCAUGACGUACGCGUCCAUCUCAGCGCGCCCCUCGCCGCGCCUCAACCUCAUCGUGGGGCCCAACGGCUCCGGCAAGAGCUCCCUCGUCUGCGCCAUCGGCCUGGGGCUGGGCGGAGAGCCCAAGAUGCUGGGGCGGGCGGCGCACGUGGGGGAGUUUGUGCAGCGGGGGGAGCGCAGUGCGGAGAUUAACAUCGUGCUGCGGGGGGACGUGGCGGGGGAGGAGGUGCAGGUCACGCGCAGGAUCUCCAUUGAGAACCGCACCGACUGGCUGCUCAAUGGGAAGGGCGUGCGGCGGGAGCAGGUGCAGGAGUGCAUGAAGCACUUCAACAUCCAGAUCUCCAACCUCACUCAGUUCCUCCCUCAGGACCGCGUGUGUGCGUUCGCAGGCAUGUCUCCCAUACAGCUGCUGGAGGAGACGCAGAGGGCGGUGGGCGACCCACAGCUGUCCCAGCAGCACGCCUUCCUCAAAGACCAGCAGGACGCCCUCGCCACCCUGCACGCCACGUUGGUGUCACACGAGGAGCAGCUGGGCAAGCUGCAGGUGGCGAACGCGCAGGUGGAGGUGGAUGUGGAGAAGGUGCAACGCAGGGAGGCCAUUCUCAAGGAGGUAGCGCUGAUGAAGAAGAAGGUGCCAUGGCUCAAGUACGAGCGCAUGAAGCGGCGCGUGAGGGAGAUGGAGGUAGCGGUGGAGGCGAGGCACAAGGAGAGGGAUGAACUGCAGACACAAGUCAUGGCCGCCAGGGACCCCCUCGUAGCGUUGAAGGAGAGCCGGGGGGGUUUGCAAUCGCUGGUGGCGAAGAUAGGGCGCGAGAACGAGGCGAGGGAUAGGAAGCUGCGGGAACUGGCAGAGGAGAGCGACCAGCUGGUGCAGCAGGCGGUGGAGAGGGAGCGGGACGUGGUGGAGGCGCGGAGGAAGGCAGCGAGUCGCGAGCAGCGGCUGGCGAAGGCUCAAGAGGACCUGCAGCAGCUGGAGGCUCAGCUGGCCGCCCUGCCCGAGGUCAAACCGCCCAAGGCCGCCGUGGACCCCCUGGCGAGGCGAGGGAGGGAGCUGCGGAUGCAGGCGGGGGAGAAGGAGCGCGAGGGGCGGCAGCUGGAGCAGCAGAUGAGCGUUUUGAGGGAGCAGAUGGGACGCGUGGAGAGACGCAUGCACGAGGUGGCCAACAGUCGCAACCGGCGCAUUGAGCGGGCGGGAGACAGGGAUCUGAAGCAGGCGUGUGAGUGGCUGGACCACAACCGCGCUCGCUGCAAGGGGGCUGUCUACGGGCCCAUUCUUGCUGAGGUGAACGUCAUCGACCCCGAUGCACACGGGGCGUUUCUGGAGCAGCACGUGGCAGCGUGGGUGUGGAAGGCCUUUGUGACAACAGUGCCAGAGGAUCGAGACCUGCUGGUGCCAAAUUUGCAGCCCCUGGGCGUGGCUGUGGUCAAUGAGAGCAGUCGCCCUGAGGAGCUGGGCCCUCCUGCACAUGCCAUGGCGGUGGAUGCACAUCUACAGCGCCUAGGUGUCACGCACCGAUUGGACGAGGUGUUCAACGCGGCCCCAGUGGUGCGCAGUGUGCUCAACCAGCAGUCGCAGCUCUUCCGCUCUUUCAUUGGGUCGCAAGAUGCGGAUGGGAACGCGGGGGAGAUACAGGGGCGGGGAGUGGAGGACCUGUGGACGCCAGGCAGCCACUACCGCUGGCUGCGCUCGCGAUACAACGGCUCCAUCUCCGCCACCAUUUACGACGUCCGCCCCUCCCGCCUCUUCUCCCAAGAGUCGGGGUUGCAGGAGGAGGAGCAGCUGCAGGCAGAGAAGGAGCGCAUUGAUGCGAGGGGCAGGGAGCUGCAUGAGAGGGCGCAGGCUGUGCGGCGGGAACAGCGUGCUCUGGAGUCCGAGGCAGCACAGUGCGAGAGACAGCGGGAUGAGAUUGUGAACGAGUACCAUGGGCAGAAGAAACAGCGCACGGACCUGCAGAACCGAAUUGUGCAAAAGCGUGAGCUGGUGGCGUCGUUGGGGAGGAGUGAGGACAUGGAGGAGGUGGAGAGGAGGGCGAGGGCGGACAUUGCUCUCAGCAUGGAGCGGCAGCUGAGCAAUGCCAAGAAGACGCAUAAGCACCUGCUGAGCCUGUGGCAGGAGAAGCGCCGCCUCUCCUCCCUGCAACUUGCUGUGGACGAGCUCUCCUUCCUGGUGCGGGAGCGCGAGGGCGAGUUCAAGGAGCUGGACGAGCAGCUGCUGAAGCUGCAGCAGGAGGUGAUGCGCGAGGAGGAUCGGGUGCAGGCAGCGAAGCAGGAGGUAGCAGCGGCACUGGAGGCGGCAAGAGCGGUGGUGGACCUGAGGAGGGACGAGGAGGCCAAGAGGCUGUUUGAAACGUUGCCCGACUCACUGGAGGAGCUGCAGGAGGAGGUGGAGGAGCGCAUAGGGCAGGCCAACCGCAUCGUGUGCCCCAACCCGCACGUGCUGCAGCAAUUUCAAGAGCGGCAGGAGCAGAUCCGCAGCAUGCAGGGCAAGGUGGAGAGUGAGAGGCAGCAGCUGGAGGAGCUCAGGGCAGAGGUGGAGCGCGUGCAGGGUCUCUGGCUGCCGCGCCUCCGCUCGCUGAUUGUCCGCAUCAACGAGGCCUUCUCCAGAAACUUCCGGGAAAUGGCUGUUGCUGGGGAGGUGGCGCUAGAUGAAAGGGGGGCUGACUUUCGUUCGUACGGCAUUCGAAUUCGAGUCAAGUUCAGGGAGAGUGCAGAGCUACAGGAUUUGAGUGCACACCACCAGUCCGGAGGGGAGCGCUCUGUGUCAACCAUCCUGUACCUGGUGUCGCUGCAGGACUUAACACGCUGUCCAUUCCGAGUGGUGGAUGAGAUCAACCAGGGCAUGGACCCCACCAACGAGCGCAACAUGUUUCAGCAGCUCGUGCGCGCCGCCACCCACGACCACACCCCACAGUGCUUCCUGCUGACACCAAAGCUCCUGCCAGACUUGGAUUAUGGCGAGGCAUGCACGGUACACUGUGUCAUGAAUGGCGUGCAUGCCAUGCCCCUCGCCUCCACUCCCGGAUUCAAGGAGGGCGAAGCUCUGUGGGACUCGCUUCAGCAAAGUGCUGCGACGGCCUAG